UCCACAAAGACGACACGCCAACUGUCUCCUCCACCAAACGUUUCGCUUCAUGACUUUGGAAUUACUAUGCGGUGUUUCGCCAGGAUUUUGCUGUUAUUCCUGUGCCUGGUCGUCAUUGGCGACUGUCGGAGACAAAAAAGCAGAAAAAAACGAUGGUCGACGGAAAAUCACACCUUGGGCACUCCAAAGUCAAAGAAGGCUGCAGAUGGAACCAAAAAUCGGAAGGUGAAGAGCAGCCACAUUCUGCAGAUUGAUGAUCAUGACUUCACCAUGAGACCUGCAUUUGCAGGUCCAGCUGUUCCUGUUGGUGUCGAUGUUCAGGUUGAGAGCUUGGAUAGCAUAUCAGAAGUAGAUAUGGAUUUCACUAUGACCCUGUAUCUGAGGCAUUACUGGAAGGAUGAGAGAUUGGCCUUUCCCAGUUCCACCAACAAGAGCAUGACCUUUGAUGGGCGCCUGGUGAAGAAAAUUUGGGUGCCAGAUGUGUUUUUUGUCCACUCCAAGAGGUCUUUCAUUCAUGACACCACGACUGAGAACAUCAUGCUGCGGGUUUUCCCUGAUGGUCACGUCCUGUAUAGCCUAAGGGUUACAGUGACUGCUGCAUGCAACAUGGAUUUUAGUCGUUUCCCUUUGGAUUCACAGACAUGUACAUUGGAGCUGGAGAGUUAUGCUUACACAGACGAGGACCUGAUGCUGUAUUGGAAGAGCGGUGAUGAGUCCCUAAGUACUGAUGACAGGAUUUCUCUGUCUCAAUUCCUCAUCCAGAAGUUUCAUACAACCUCCAGAUUAGCUUUCUACAGCAGCACAGGCUGGUACAACCGCCUCUACAUCAACUUUACAUUGCGGCGUCACAUCUUCUUUUUCCUGCUGCAGACCUACUUUCCUGCCACUCUCAUGGUCAUGCUGUCCUGGGUGUCCUUCUGGAUUGACCGCAGGGCCGUCCCUGCUCGAGUAUCAUUAGGUAUAACAACAGUGCUGACCAUGUCCACUAUCAUCACUGGGGUCAAUGCCUCCAUGCCCAGGGUCUCCUACAUCAAAGCAGUGGAUAUUUACCUCUGGGUCAGUUUUGUCUUCGUCUUUCUGUCCGUCCUUCAAUACGCGGCCGUCAACUAUCUGACCACAGUCAGAGACGGUAAAGACAGAAAGCUCCGGGAAACAGCGCGAGAACAGCAGACACUUCCCUGCACCUGUGGCAUGCCCCAUGCAAAGACAAUGAUGAUGGAUGGGGCGUACAGCGAGGCAGAUGCCAACAGCCUGGCAGGCUACACCAGGGCUUCUAUGGCAGCUGAGGACACACAAGACAAACAUGAGCAGAUGAUGGUGCAUCUUUCUCUGGACGAGUCUACACUAACCAAGAGGAAGAGUAGCCGCAAUUUUCGGAUAAUCCAGAACACCCACGCCAUUGACACCUACUCUCGCUUCAUCUUUCCUGGUGCCUACACCCUUUUUAACCUUAUAUAUUGGUGUGUGUACUGCUGAAAGACUUAUACUAGAUUUUUCCACUUGCAGUAUGUUCAAUUCAUCCAGCAAGACAACUGAAGAAAAUGAUGUUACCACUGAAAAUCAUUUUAAUUCUGGUUAAACCCUUAAAAUCUACUGGAUUUUUUGCAUAAGUCUGUAGAAAAUAAAUAUAUAUAAUAAAUAAAAAAAUAAGAACAAAACAAUAAAAUUUCAAUGAACAGCUUCUGAGUUCAAUGCAUUACAUAUAUACCUGUAGUGUGUACUUAAUUGAUGUAGGCUACAUAAUACAUAAAUACUAUUCUUGUGGUAUUCAUUGGGAGAAAUCUGGGAACUCUGAUACUAAAUCGUGUGCUGGUAUGACAUUAAUUCCUAAAAAAUUUCUAGAAAAUCCGGGAUUUUUUUUUUUUAUAAUUCCUGAACAGGCUGAAUUGGAACGGUUUGAAUAGGAUAAAAAAUGUGGAAGUUGUGGAACUUUGAAAAAUGUCCCAUUCUUUUCAAUGGGAAUUUCAUGGACAUGGGAAAAGAGAGAAUUUUGGUGUUGGAAUUUUUCAAAUCGGUCGAGAAAAGUUGAAGUUAUAAUUGGAAAUGGAAAUGGAAAUUUAUUGGAAAAUGCUAAAAAAAAAAUUGUAUUACGAAAUUCCUGGAAAACCGGGAAUUUUUCCAGUUCAAAAAACAACUUUGUUUUUUGUCCUGAUUAAGAGGAAUGUUGUGACAGUGAAAUGGUUGAAGUGGGUUGAAAAAUGUGG